GCCGAUUUCACGCGGUUGCGUCUCUGCUGCGUGCGUGCGUGUGUGUGCUGUGUGGUGGCAGUAUUGCGUCUCGGUGUUAUGCCGUUACUUUCGCGGUAAGAGUUUUGAGCGGAGCGGCAAAUAUGACAAAUUCGGUACCGGACAGGUGGUUAGAGUACAAAGCUUUCGGUGGUGUAAUUAAGGGCACAAAAAUUUUAGCGUUCAAAGUUCCAUUGAAAGAUGCCAUAGCGAGGAAUCUGAAGCCGGAACAGCGAUUCACGAUUCAGGUAUUACGGCAAGCGUUUCCUCAUCUCAAGUGCAUCAUUGACCUAACGAACACGUGCCGUUACUAUGACGGAAAGGAAUUUACAAAUGCCGGUAUCAAAUACGAGAAAAUUGCUAUACCAGGAAGGAAGAUACCAACCAUGGAUAUAAUUGAAACGAUUGGAUCGGUUACCGGCGCUGCUGCGGCUGAAACGAGGGAGAAACGAGAAAGAGACGGAGAAAGAGAGUACCAGUCCAGAUACGGAAUCCAGAGAUUCUUUAAAGUGAUGGAUGAUUUCAUGUCGACAUGCAGUGAAGGUGACCUCAUAGGAGUUCAUUGCACACACGGUGUGAAUCGUACAGGAUACCUGAUUUGUAGAUAUCUGAUCCAGCAGCAAGGCUGGGAAACUCAAGAUUCCUUAAAAGCUUUCGAGGAAGCACGCGGUUACCCCGUCGAGCGCGACAUUUACCUCAGUGCCCUUAAAGAGGUUCAACGCGGCAAGAAGAUCGACACGAGCAAGACUAUUAUGAUGCCGACGAAUCCUACGAUCGUUACGAAAAAGAAUUCGCUGAAGAUACGCUCGUCGCUCAAGAAUCUAACAGAUCGAUCAGACCGAUUCUCAGUGGGUCCACCAACGUUUUCGAUGUCGCGUCGCGGUUUCGCGAACGGUGGCCCAUUCUCCUCGCAGAGAUUCGCGGGUCCACCGACGACUUUUGGACACAUGCCACCACCUCCACCCGAUAUGCCGCCCAUCUCGCCACCGCACAUGGGUCCACAUUAUCUCCCUUAUGGACCCAGGCCAUUCAGAUACGGUGCACCACCGAUGCGUCCGAUGUCACAGCCACCCUGUUUUCCGCAUCCCAGCGGCUUUCCGUCAUGUAUACCGGGCCCACCGAGGAUGCCGAGUCUCCGGCGACCGUCCGGUACGCGUUUACCACUAAAAAUGCCGCCUCCUCUUCCUCCACCGCCACCCCUGUCGUCUUCGAGAACAUCCAGGGCCAAGCAGCUGCAGCAGAAGCAAAAUCAUAUCAGGAACGGUAUCAUGGAACGCGCAGUGAACAUGCGGUUAAGGCGAAAUGGACCAACCGACAAAGUAAUGUCCAAGGUGCAUAAAGAACAGGACUUUACCGUCGAUACGUUCGAGGAGAACCUCGCGACUUCCGCUUCCACUCAUUUGCGACGGCCGAAAAGACGAUUCAGUCGAACCAAGUAAUGAUGUUAGAAUAGUGUGAUGCUACUUAAACGUACGGUAUUCCGUGCUAAUACGCUAUCAUCAACGAACAUAGUGCUCCAGUCCUGCAAGAUCCUGCGUACGUGGACGAAUGCUAUCGAUUCUGAUCGGUAUGAUAAGACGAUAUCGCGCAAUUAAUCUAUCAUUUUUAAAUGGCGAGAAUUGAACAAAGGAUUUAUUUUGCAAGACGCGUGAAUCAUAAUGAAUACCGCAUCUAUUUUGAUAAUGAUAACGCAUACAAUGCUCAUUUCCUUUCCUUUGUUUUCUUUUACUCUUGACAUUCUUUAUAUUAUUAAAUGAUAUUAAAAUCACAUAAAUCGUUGACGGACAAACGCAUCUUUAAUUUAAAAAUGUAAUAGCGUUGUUUGUAACUCUUGUGUUCCGAUUUUUGUAUCAAAGUAUAUAAUUCAUGUUUAUUUUAGUAUGACAUUGAUUUGAAUAGCUCGAUCGACAUGUUUCAAGUAAGACGCAAUACUGUCGCAAGAUUGCGACGAAAGUUUCAUUAUAUAAGAAAAUCUCGUUUUUUUCACGUUGGUUUAAUGGGAAAAUGUAAUAUUAUGUACACCUAUAGAAAGAACUGUCCAUGAAUGUCUUACAUUGUACUAUCUGAUAGAUUAAGUGUGAACUUAACUUUUUCUUUAACAUGUGACUUUUCUGAUUUAGCUGAUCCGAUGUUAUUGAUAAAUUAUAGUUUAAAGUUUUAUUUUUGGACAAUAUUUUUUACGAAUCCCGAGAGCGUAGUACAAUAAUACAAGCAUAAUACAAAUCUGUUGUCAAACUGUGUGUAGAAAUCAAAACUAAUGGAUAUAAAAUAUAUAGUAAUUCUACACAAUACACUACUUUAAAUAAAACGUACAUAUUUAAAUAUGAAAAACUA